GCAAAUGUAGGACACCACGUUGGAGCUUGAAACGGAGACACGCCGGUACCGCAUUUUUUUUACUUAUUUUUUGGGCCUUUUAUCGUUACUUUUAUUUAUAUUGUUUGUAUUUAUUGAUUAUAGAGAGCAGAGGCCGCUGAUGAGAAAAAAUAUCGAGUUGCAAAUCUCUUAACUGAACGAGCUCAGGAAACUAGGCUCUACACCAUAACUUUUGCUUUGUCGUUAAAACAGUCGCGAAAUAAUGUCUUUCGCCUUUUCGGAUUAUUUUGCCGCCGAAUGUUUGGUGUCGAUAUCGAGCGGUCCCGUCCUCCACCGACCCACCCCGGUGUCUGGUGCGGUUCAGGCUCCUCCUCAGGGCCUUUCUCCUGGGGAGCCGGACGGGUCGAGCGAGGACAGGGAGGUGCGGGAGACGCUCCAGUUAGAGGGGGCCAACAUGAUGACGGUGGCAGAGAUCCUCACGGACCUGCACGGCAAGUUUCGUCCUAUGUCGGCCUACUCCGAGAGCAGCAACUCUUCAUGCGGAGAGAGCGGCUACACCACGUUGUCUGACUCCACCACCCCAACGCCGACCAUGACCCCCUCUGCCACCCCUGUCCCGGGACAGUACAAUAACACCCCCCAGCAGGCUUGGGGAGGAGGGGGAGCACCACGGUCCCCCACCAAGCGUCACCCCUGUACUUUCGACGGGUGUGACAGGGUGUACGGAAAAUCAUCCCACCUGAAAGCGCACAUCAGAACACACACAGGUGAGAGGCCCUUCCCGUGCACCUGGCCUGACUGCGAAAAAAAGUUUGCCCGUUCUGAUGAGUUGGCCCGGCAUCUACGUACUCACACUGGCGAGAAGCGUUUCCUGUGCCCACUCUGCGACAAGCGCUUCAUGCGCAGUGACCACCUCAUCAAGCACGCCCGCCGGCACCCGAACUUCCACCCCGCCUUGAUCAACCGCAAGGGCUUAGCUCAGGGAUCCGCCUCAACCCCACUCACUGUCGCUUCAGAGUACACCAGCACUGCCAUGUAGACAUACCCACUGCCUCACCACACCCUCUCUGGGACCUCAGUCAGACCCCUGCCUUCUGCACUGUGACCACCAUCUCAGCUUGAUUUGAUUACCCUGCAUGCUGGGAUCCUUUUAAGCUCAGUCCUCACUUCCACAGGCCAAAAAUGAAGAACUUCACCACGUCUUCCUCCUAACCCCUUUGCCCAAUCAGUGAUGACCAAAAUGGGCAAAGGAGACAAAACUCUCAAGCACAUUCCCCUACAAAGACCCUGAGUCGUGUGAUUUUAUAUUAUUACAUGACUGACAAGUAAUGCAGAAUACAAAAUUGGCCUUAAAUUGUGAUUGCUUUGGAUGGAUAAUAUUGUAAGCUCUUCAUUUAUGGAGAUCUAGUAAGAAAUACGUAGAAAUAACAAUACAAAAGCAUUGGCCAUGAGCAUUAGCACAAUGUUUUCCAACAACCGUUUUGUUGUUUUCUGGCAUCACUUGUCAGCCAUGUUAUAGAACCUCUAAAAGGAAGCAUCACGAUUUAAGGGAAAGUUUACCUGUUUAACAGCCUUUGGUCUUUUUUUUUUAAUUUUACAAUCGAUUUAAUCUAUUAUCAAAAAUUUAGCACAACCUUGUUUGUCAUGUCUUUUUGUAUAGCCUGAGUACAUAAGAUUAGCAAACCCUCUCUAGUGCUCUGUUUUGCUUGUCUACACAUGCUGUAUGAUACAAUAACCAGAAUGAAUUGCAGAAUUAUUAAGUAUUUGUGUAUUACUCACAGUGUUGUCACAUGCAGCAACGUUUUGUAACAAGCGACCGGUUAAAGAAGGUAUGUCAAGGUUUUUCAUUCCUAAGAAUACUAAUAAUAUUCUUGACACCCACUGAAACCAAACAUUGAUGACAAUUGAAGCUGAAAUAGUCAGUGAGUUUCUUUUUGGUAAAAAACACUGCCUGUAAAUGCCACAUUUUCACAUUGCUUUCCCUACUGAAAUGGCUGAAAUAGUAAUAAGUUAUUUUCAUUUUUAUCUUAUUUCCUUAUGUUUUCUAUUAGCAGCAGCAUGACACCUUUAAUAGUAUGUAUGUAUGUGUGUGUAUAUAUAUACACACAUCAUUAUUAUUAUUAGACCAUGCAUCUAUUAUUAUUGUUUUCCACUUGGAAGAACUCUUUUGUUUGUCCAUAUAAUGUUGACAUGUUGGUACAUGUAGCAAUAUGUUUAAUAGUAAUGUGGAUAUAUGUAGAUAAAUAUCUAUGCCUGCAGCUUAAAUGGUAAAGAUGUUAUUAAAUGAACUACUAGAAGUAAUACACCUUAUAUUAGGGGUGACGGUACACGCUUGAAUAGAAUAGUGCUGCUUGUGUGCGAAUGUUUUUGUGUAUGUAUAUUCAGAUUGGAGAGAAUGGGAAAUGAUUUCUCUCCAAACUGUCCCGCCUGCGGACUUCUUACAACUAUCUCAGAGAACAAAGAAUAUAUCAGGAAACUCAGAAAGCCUUAAAAUCCUUUGACUUGUUUUGCACCAUUGUUUACUGUUUGAAAUUUUCUACAGGUUUGCCGUCAGGCAAGGGUUCUUUCAACUAAAGAAAUACACAUGCAAUAUUGCACUUUCUUACUGGUAUUGUCAAUGAAAAAUGAUUCGUCUGCUAGUGUGAUGGGUUACAUUGUAUAGAUGCUACUGCAUAGUGCUUCUACAAAAUGAACACUGUGGAAUGGAACCUGUCACAAUAAAUCGAUACAUUAGUCAUAGUAUGCACCUUUGUCCGAGUGCUUAAACCAGUGUGGUAUAGGACAAAAGAAAAAAUAUUCAUGCAAUAUUCAGAGUGCUUUAGGUAGCUGCUGGCAGUUACCUGAAGUACGAUGACAAACUCCGUGUUCUCAACUACAAUAACCAAACCAGAAUAGUAUCUACAACAAUGUAUUUGUUCUGUAACUAAUUAAAUUAUGUAUUCCUGAAAAUGCUUUGUAUGUUUGGGCAUUCUCAAAAAUGUUCUUCUCAGAGGCCUUCUAAAGAAGGCUGUUUUCCUUUUUUGUGUUGUCCUUCGCUGUUUUCCUGUCAUCUCAAAUUGGAUGCGUGGUUUGAGUUUUCUCUGGAUCUCUUGUGCUGUGUUUGGCUAAUGCACAUCAAUGGUACACUGUGUUUUGGCUGCAAUGGGCUUUGUAUCUGAUACUAGACAGUCUUUUGAUUUUCACUUACAAUGCCCUCUUUUAGCAGUCCAGAUUCAACUGCAUUUGAUACCCCUCCCAUUAUACUCAGUACAUUUGCAGCUAUAGUGCUCUGGACAGGCUAUCAGAUAUCACAAACCACUGGAUUAAGUCUGAUUUGUUUUGUGGUCUUUAAAGUUAUUAUCUUUUUUUAUUUUUUGGUUUGUUGUACUUGAAAGUUAUGUUUUUUAUGCUUUGAAUUACGGCUAUGUUUAUGUACUAUACGGUAGAUGUCUAUAAAGUAUGCAGUCUACUAGAUUUAGGACAGAGCACAGAUACAGGAUCUGGUAUAGUCUAGCAAUCACAUAGAGAAGAAAACUAGUAUUCUAUAGUCCCUUCGGGAAAAGUGCUGCAUCAUUUGCUGUGUUUAAGGCAUCUUGUGCCCGUAUAUCAAAUUCAAGUGAACUGAGAGUGUGUGAGUGUGGUUGCUUUUAAUCAUAACGCUAGAUUGAGAAUUUAGAGGGAUGACUGUAUUUUAAGAACUGCUUUGAUGCUUGGCGUACAAUCUAGACCUUGUCCAUCCUUAAGUUUUCUCACACUAAACUGAUUAUGCACUGAUUGGCACAUUGUCUACAGUAAUCACACUAAAAGGAUGUCUGAUGAGACCUGUUCUAGGUCUCAAUCUACAGCCAAAUCUCAUCAUUGGACCAGCGGGUUUUGUCAAUAUACAAAAGCUUCCGUGUAUCUCCUCAGGUGAUAAAACUUAAUGCUGAAAACCUCUGUCCUUCAUGAGCAGGACUUACUUUUAUUUUUCAUUUGCUUUGUUUUGCAUCAUUCUGCAAGUUUUUAUUUAUUACAUGCUUAUUUUUAUUUUUUUGUGAGCUUAUAAGAUAUCUUUUCUUUAGUACUUGUGUUAUGGUAUGAGACUUGACUAAUUUGUUUAAUUGAUUCAUUUUUGCUUUUAACAAAAAAGAAAACCCUCCAGUGCUUUUAAAAUAAAUAAAUAAACUGAUUAA